AUGGGGAAGAUCCAGAAGGGCCCGGCCAGCAGCGGCAGCUGCGACGACGAUGUUGAAUCCGUCGAGGGCGGCACCAGGAGCUUCAACGAUCUGAAGAGGAAGAGGAGCAGGACGAGCGCCGCCAGAGAGUCGCCGGCGUCACGCAGCUCUGUCUACCGAGGUGUGACGAGGUCAGAGAGAAAAAGAAGAUGAUGAAGAAGAAGAGGAGACUCCAUUCAUCUCUCUUUCCUCAUUUUCUCUUUCUUCUAGCUUUCGAUUAGCAUGCACUAUUCUCUCUCUCUCUCUUCCUCUUCCACAUAAGAGAUUGCUGCAUUAAUGGUGGUUUUGGUGGAAGCAGGCACCGGUGGACAGGCAGGUUCGAGGCCCAUCUCUGGGACAGAAACUGGAACGAUUCCCGCACCAAGAAAGGAAGACAAGGCACGUUCCUCUUGCUGUUGCUCCUGCUUCUCUCUCUAUCACUUCAACUAAUAUCUGUUUGUUUUUGUUUCUUCCCUUCCGUCUUUGAUAUUCGCGUCUGCUGGAACUCGAAUGGACGGCAGUUUACCUCGGUGAGCUUGAAAAAUCGGAGAACUAAACACGACCAAUCUCAUGUGCUUCCGUGUUGAUAACAUCUUCGGAUUGGCUGUUGAUGAAUGAAGCUUCCUUUUUCUUCUCGUGCUCGAUCAUCCAGGGGCCUACAGCGAGGAGGAAGCCGCCGCUCGCGCUUAUGAUCUUGCGGCGUUGAAGUUCUGGGGACAUGACACCCUACUAAACUUCCCCGUAAGACUCUCUCUCUCUCUCCCUGUGGGUCUCUCUCUCACUUUCUCUCUCCUUCUCCAUCUCUCUCGUUCUCCAUCUCUAUCUCUCCCGGUGGCUCUCUCUCUCUCUCUCUUUCUCUGAUUGCGGGUAAAUGAACAGUUGUCGACAUACCAAGGAGAGAUGGAGGAGAUGGAAGGGCAGAGCAAGGAAGAAUAUAUAAGCUUCAUAAGGAGGUAAUCUCUGAGCCGAGAAGGUCGUAUGGUUUUGGCCCUUCUGAUUCUCUCAGAGCCCUUUUUUCCAUGAAUCCACCAGGAAGAGCAGCGGGUUCUCUCGAGGCGUUUCCAAGUACAGAGGCGUAGCCAGGUACCUGCUGCCCUUCCUGCCUCAUUUAAGUUUCUCUCUCUACCAUGCUCACUUUCUCCCUAGAACUUUCCCUCCCACCUCUCUCUCUCUCUCUCUCUCUCUCUCUCUUAGUGCAUACUGCAUGCAGGCACCAUAAGAAUGGAAAGUGGGAAGCCAGGAUCGGCAGAGUCUUCGGCAACAAGUAUCUCUACCUUGGGACCUACGGUGAUCUCUCUUUCUUCUCUCUCUCUCUCUCUCUCUCUCUCUGUAAAAAGUCCAUCAAAGCCGGCCGGGUUAGUUGGGGACGGGAGGUGGGGAGCUUUCACUACUUCUUCCUCCUCUAAUCCGACCAACCAUAGUUUUCCAACAGUAAUUUAAUUCAGAAUAUAUGGAGAGAUCCUCCAUUAAAAAUGAAUUAAUUUCCACCCGAGCAAAAAUAAUCCCCCCGGGAAAGCUCAAUUAUUAAAAAAAAAAGUCUUUUGUUUUGUUUCACUGAUUGGCCCUCGCAGCUACCCAAGAAGAGGCAGCGAUGGCGUAUGACAAGGCGGCGAUCGAGCACCGCGGCCUCGCCGCCGUCACCAACUUCGACAUCAGCCGCUACCUCAGAUCGCUCGGCCAAAGCCCCAGAAACCCUGACCCUAAUCAACCUCCGCCGCCGGACAUGGACGUCGCCGGAGAACCCACCGGCGGCGGCGCAAACCCGCCACCACGAAUCGACAUGCUCGACAACGCACGCGAGAGGACGUCGCCGGCGCCACCGCCGCCGGAGCCCCAGCGGAGCUGCUUCCCCGACGACGUGCAGACUUACUUUGGCGGUUGGGACGGCGCCGCCGCCGAUGGGUAUGAUGUCAUCUUCGGGGAUUUGGACUCUCUGGAGCUCACAGUCUUCCACCGCGAGCUGGACAGCUGA